UGCGUGUCGAUAUCCUCUCCCUCUCGAAAGUCCUUCAUUUUUUGGGAAUCCUUGAAAGAAGCGAUGAGCUGCUGAGUGACUCCGCGGACAAUUGGGAAACAAUUUCUUCUUUUCCUUUUCUUUUUUAAAACAGGGAAUAGCUGACAUUUUUUGUGUUUUGCGAUGCCUGCUCUCCUUUUCCUGGCUGCUCUGUUGUCUUUUACAGGAGAAGCUUUGGCAACUAGAGUGUCAGAGAAGAUCCGAGCCUUCGCUGGCCAAACAGUCAUUCUACCCUGCCAAAUCCCUGUCAGCGAUGAAUUCCCAACAGUGGAGUGGUCCAAGGAAGGUCUGGCUGAGCCAAACAUUACCUUCCUGUACCGGGAUGGCUGUGAAACCCACGAGAUGAAGAAUCCGGUCUUCCAGUACAGGACACAACUCAUCAUGAGCGAAUUGAAAAACGGAAACAUCUCCCUGAGGAUUUCCAACGUGCAGCUGUCUGAUGCCGGAAAAUACAGAUGCAUGACGCUCUGGAGGAAGACCCAACCAGUUGUUAAAACUCUGGAGCUCCUUGUGGUUGCAGUUUCUGAGCCAAAACUCUCAGUCGUUUCGGCUAAGUGUGGUGAAGUGACUCUGCAGUGUGAAGCGGACCACUGGCAGCAAGAGCCCGAGAUAACAUUUCUUGAUGAUCAGGGAAACAACAUCAGUGCUGAAAACCCAAAGAGACAUCCAGAUUCCAGGGGAUUUUUCACCAUCACAAGGAGAGCGACUGUGCAGACCACUACCAACAGGGUCACCUGCAGAGUUCACCGGCCGGAGAUAAACCAGACCAGAGCCAUGGAGAUCUACAUACCAGCUGACUGCACGAGGUCCUGCACUUUAACCAUCAGCAUCGCUGUGCUAGUGACCACAUUUCUCUGUGGCUUAAUUGCCGUUUCAUGCAAGAAAUAUUAUGACUCCGUGGGAGAUCAAAAAUUGUCAGUGUCGGCAAAGAGUCAUUUUACAGGCAGUGACCCUCAGUUGGACCAGGCUGAUGACAUCAGAAAUGCCAACAUUGAGCAGCAGAGAAGAAUAGAUGAACUGAAGUCAAACCUUCAUGAGAAAGACGAGACCAUCCACCAGCUAACUGAAGAAUUGAAUGACCUCAGAUCUAGGCAAGGUGCUGUUGUUAGCCAGCAGAACCAGCCCACGAUUGACAAUGGUCUUUCCAAAUCCUCACUGGAUGCCCCAAAACCCAAUAACGUUCCCCCUGACCACAGCCCUAAAGCCAGUAAGUUUUCCCACGACAACAAUCCAAAACCAGUGGCCUCGACCAACAGCAACCAUCCAAAAUCUUGCAACUUACCCCAGAGCAAUGAUCAAAAACCUGGUGUGUUAAGACAAAGUGGUAAUCCAGCACCUGGCCCCCUGCAUCAAAGAAGCAGUCAUAACAAUAGCAGUCCAGCUCUUUUGACAAAUAAUGCUGCUGGGUCAUCCAGUUCUUCUUCAGCCAGCACUUCAGAGGAAAAUUGUUUGGUUCGUUCGAUGAGCAUGUCUGAGUCUCGUUCAAAGAGUGCCAGGCCCAAACGUAGAUAUACCACUUCAGGUGCGCUUUAUAACCGCUACACUAUCCUGGAAAAUUUACCUGAAUAGUCGGAGUCGCACUAAUGUGAACAGAGAUAAUGGAAAUAUGAGGUGAAGGAUUAUGUCCAGGUGCAGGGGAGUCAUGCAGUCAGUUUUUUUGAGGGGGCACCGUAUAACAAUGCUGUUAAUGUCCACAGCAAACCAAGUUCAAUUCAAUCAAUCAAUCAAUUUUCAUUUAUAUAGCGCCAAAUCACAACAAAAGUCAUCUCAGGGCACUUUUCAC